AUGAGUACACGAAAGGGUUAUAAAGGAUAUGAGGAAUUGAUAAAGGAGGAGGAACCGUCUGCUCCACUAGUAGAGCCAAAGUUGAUCAGAAACAGAAGUGUUCCGGUAGCUAAAAUCUUUAGUCCGUCGAAGAAGGUGACGUCGGAGCAGAAUUUUCCGGCGACUCCGGAAGCGAAAAAGGCGAGCAAGAUUCAUCCAAUAUUCAGUCUUUUUGAAACAAAGAAGAAGAAGAAGGCAACUGCAAGGCCUGAAUUUUCGAGGUACAUACAGUAUGUUAGAGAAGGAGGUUUUGGAGAUGUGUUGCAGACGACUCUUCCAACUCCAACUCCAACUCCAACUCCAACUCCAACUCCAACACCAACACCAACACCAACACGGCUGUAA